CCAAACAUGCUUGCAAUUGCUUCACGUAGCGAUGGUAYAUUGAGAUUAGGUAGCCGGGUAAGGGCUUGUAGCAUAUCUACCAUCGAGUCUCCUUGAGGCGGAACCUGCCCCAAUAUAUGCAAUCCAUCUCUGAUUUGAGCACCUGCUAACUCGCACAAAUAACCAUCCAUGUCUUCAAUCAGAUGAGCGAAAUCCUUGCCAUCCAUCGUCGCCAGCGAUUCCUGGGUCAAGUCGUGGAAAUGUUCGUGAUCAUGACUAUGGCCCUUGUCCUGAUCAGCAUCGUCACCAUGGCUGAAUUUCUCGUGGUGGUUAUGUCCGUGAUCAAUUGUAUUGCGCGAACCAAAAGAAUGUUUAUGGGGAUGUUCAUGCUCAUGUUCAUGUUCAUGUUCAUGUUCAUGUUCAUGCUCAUGCUCAUGCUCAUUAUGGCAGAAAGUGGGUUCUUCUUGGUGCAUCUCUUCGUGGUGCGAAUGCGUAUGGUGAUGGGAAUGAUCAUGAUCCUCGUCUUCGAAGCUUCUUGUAUUUCGGUGAUGAUGCUCAUGGCGAUGGCCAAUGUCGCGAUCCUCGUCUGUGCUACGUGAAGGAGAAUGGCUUUCGUGAUUAUUUUCACUCUCGUCGUGGCUGUGAGAAUGCGAUCGACUGCCGUUUUCUUCGUUUCUGGAACCAUCGCGAUCGUGGUCACGGGGWCGCAGCAAGACCGAYAAAUCCUCGUCAAGAUUGAUCUUCUGGAUCAAUUYCCAGAUUUGUUUUUGAAUAUAAGGCAUCUUCGUAGGGUCGAGCAUUUCGAUUUGGUAAUACUCGUCUACGAGUUGCAUCAGCUGCGCUAGUUCUCCAUAGCCGUCGGCGGUGGUCAUGGGUGGGGUCAGGUGAUCGAUGAUGAGCGCGUGCGCGCGUCGCUUGGACUGUGUUCCCUCCCCGGGAUCGUUGAUGAUAAACGGGUAGACCAGGGGCAGGUCGUCCAGAAACGUGUCCGGAUAGCAAUCCCGGGACAAGCCCACUCCUUUCCCGGGAAGCCACUCCAGUGUCCCGUGUUUCCCCAUGUGUACAAUCGCAUCGGCCCCCCAUUGAUUCCGGAGCCAUCGAUACAGAGCGAAAUAAUUGUGCGGCGGGGGAAGGUCGGGUGUGUGGUAAAUUUUGUCGGGAUCCAUACCGUACCCCCGCGGUGGUUGGAGGGCCACAAAGACGUUGCCGAAUUCCAGRCCMGCCAGGGAAAUGGCGUCCCUGUGGACGUACGCCUCACCCGGGGGAGGGCCCCACUGCUUCACCAURAAUUCUUUCUGCUUCGCCGGUAGCCGCUCGAACAUCGGCCGAUASAGCGACGUGGGGACGCGGGCCGCCGCGUUCGCCAGCUGGUCCUCCGUCAGGAAUAUUUCGUCAUAGGAGCAGCGGUCGAUGAGAUUUUGCACCAGCGUGUCGCCGUCGGGGGGCAGAUCGUCCCCUAGAUCGUACCCGUCGGCCCGCAUGGCUUCGAAGACCUUCAUGAUCGAUCCCGGGGUAUCAAGGCCGACGGCAUCGCCUAUGCGCUGGGCUUUUCCGCUGCUAUUYGUCAGCAAAAAGGCAAUCUUUUUCUCCCGGUUGGGUUUGUGGCGSAGGCGGGCCAGCUUCACGGACUGCUUGGCCACCAUUUCGACCCKGUCCUGAACGGGUUCGUAGUAGUGRACCUUGUUGGUUUCGUCCUGUGGUGCCUUAAACGAGAUCGGAACGGUGAUGAGGCGUCCGUCGAAUUCCGGAAUGGCGACGUUCAUGGCGGUAUCGAGGGGGCUGAGGCCGCGGGCCGAGUCCUCCCAAUCUGUGCGGGUUCCGAAACUGCUGACCGCUUGCAAGACCGGAACGUCCAGGGCCCGCACCGCAUCGGUGGACCAAUUCCCCAGCGUUGGUCCGUCCGGAUUGACCUCGCCCAUGGCAAAGGCCAUGGUGCUAACGAUGGCGUCCACCUGGCACCGGCCCGUAGCCUCGUCCAACAAGAACGCCAGGGCUGUGGGGAAGCGCUCGACGGCGGUUCCGUUGACAUUGUCGUGRAAUUCGUGGGACCGCAACGUUUCGGUGAACAAGCCGAUGGCGUUGGCACCCAGCGCCUCUAUCUCGUCGAUCAUGGCGUCCACGAAUGAGGUGUUCCCACUCAAAAAGUGGCACCUGUAAAAAAUCACCGCUACGGUUGGCUUGCGGCAGGGGGCAUCGGCCAGACUUGUUAGAUACGAUUUGGUCGUGGAGGCACGGUCACAAGCCCCGCUGCCCGGGAACCGCGGGUGGUAGAGCCCGUGGUCUGGUUGCACCGACGGAGCKUCGUAGCCGAAACCACACCGCAGGAGAUGAUCGGCCAGAUACCGAAGCAUGUUCGCCAUGUUUUCCGAGCAGCCAUCAGCGUUGAAGUAGAGCGUGACCUGGUUGAUGAUUUCGGUCGAUACCGUGCACAUAGCCGUCAGGUCCRRUUCGAAACUCCCAGGAAUGCCACUCACGACGAUCAGAUCGUGGUUCUUUUCCCUGGCAAAUUUCAGAAGGUGGUUGAAUCCGGGAACCCCCCUUCCGAGGAGACGGACCAACACUACCAGGUGGGGUUGUCGGUCGUAGAGAUCGCUUCCGAGGAGAUCUACCAUGUCGGAUUCUGCUUUGAUUUCGCAGAGAUUGAGCGUUUCGAUGGAGGGGAAGUCGAGCGGAAGCAUCGAUUUCGCGGUGUCUAGGGUCAGUAUGUCGGAAUCCUUGAUGGAUAUCAGAAGAAACUGGAAUCUAUCUUGCUGUUCGUCUCGAUUCCCGACUUCAUCCGAUUCGAUGCACAGAUCUUGAUGAUCGCCUUUGCAGUCAUGGUUUCCACCAUCGAGGUUUUYUGUGCGUAGGGGUUCGUUUGCCAUCUUUCAUUAGUCGGUCUGUCGAUGGUKCCAUUGAGUCGACAUGUGUUUUUACGUUCGAAAAGGAUCAAUGGCUGUGCCUAGUGAAUCGAUUCAAAYCAGAACAAUUCCUCUAUCCGUCAGCACACCAAAUUAUUUCAAUUUUGCCUCUGGAAAUCGGAUCACGAGGUGUUCCUCGCAGCCAAGCAAUCGAAGUUGGAUCAGAAAAUCAAACGCAGAGAGCAGWGGUGUCUUUGAUGGGUCUUUCCUUCGUUGGCGUGGUGAUGCCGUAGCUUGWGAGCUCAUGUGUCCUAAGAUCCGCAAAUCGUGCAAUCUGCUCAUUCAUCAUAUUUUUGUUGUUCAGGAUUUCAGAUUUUUAGUGAUCGUGGUCUGUCUGCAGUCAGUCAUUCAGAGGAUACGAGAAACUAUAUACUGAUAAAUGACAAAAACAACUGAAACUUGGGUUCAUUUUUGUUCUGAAGAUAAAAAAGGUGAGCAUUUCAAAUUUCUCAAAACACUUUCUCUGUUGCACGUUCUUCGUAGAGUUGACACACAUCACACACACCACAGGAAAAAAGUGGUUCCCUUCUGGGCCUGGUGUCAAAGAAGCGAGGAAAUUCGAAUCGCUUUUUCUCGUCGCAUGUUCUUUCUCUUACAGUAGAGAAAGUACGUACUUGCUACASGUACUUUUACCGA